CUAUGAAAUGAUUUUAAGUUGUCCCCUGGCAUAGUUUUAAUAGCUUAUGUAAAUGGAAACAAAGACCUUCACAUGUGACGUGGUUUGAGCUCCAGAAUCAGAAGAUUCCAGGCAUCAUCACGCUGCCAUGUUCCUGCUCAAGCGAAUCCUGAAUUUCACUCCACUAUGUAUGUUCAUCUCCAUUCUGCUGCUGCUGCUUCCAGGAGUCACACAUUUCUCUCAGGGCAGCGCCAGCCAUGAUGAUACUUCACCAGGCAACUGCUCCAGUGAAGAUAACUGCUCGGAUGGCGUGGUGCUGCCUAUGUGGAAUCCCCAGAACCCUGCAGUGGGUGACAAGGUGGCACGAGCCAUUGUCUACUUUGCAGCUCUCAUAUACAUGUUCCUGGGCAUGUCUAUCAUCGCAGACCGCUUCAUGUCUUCUAUUGAGGUCAUCACCUCUCAAGAGAAAGAGAUCACCAUCAAGAAACCCAAUGGGGAGACGACCACGACCACCGUGCGCAUCUGGAAUGAGACAGUAUCCAACCUGACACUAAUGGCAUUGGGCUCAUCUGCACCCGAGAUCCUGCUCUCAGUUAUUGAAGUUAUUGGCCAUAAUUUUGAAGCUGGAUCUCUAGGUCCGAGUACCAUUGUGGGCAGCGCUGCAUUCAACAUGUUUAUUAUCAUUGCUAUCUGUGUCUAUGUGGUGCCUGAAAAUGAAAUCCGCAAGAUAAAGCAUCUGCGGGUGUUUUUUGUCACUGCUGCCUGGAGCAUGUUCGCCUAUGUUUGGCUCUAUCUCAUCCUGUCGGUGUUCUCACCUGGUGAGGUGGAACUUUGGGAGGCCAUCUUGACCUUCUUCUUCUUCCCUGUCUGUGUGCUGCAAGCCUGGAUUGCAGAUCGGCGCCUACUCUUCUAUAAGUAUGUCAAUAAGCGCUAUCGUGCUGACAAGACUCGUGGCAUUAUCAUCGAGUCAGAGGGGGAUGCCAUGUUCACCAAAAUGGACUUGGAGAUGGACGGCCAGGGUGUGAACUCCCAUACUCAUCCCAAAGAGGCUCUGGAUGGGAUGCUGGAGGGAGUGGAGGAAGGCGGAGGCCUGAGCGCAGAACAAGAUCAAGAGGAAGAGGCCCGGCGAGACAUGGCUCGUACACUGAAAGAUUUAAAACAGAGGCACCCAGAGAAGGACAUGGAACAGCUUAUUGAGAUGGCUAACUACCAAGUGCUGGUCCAACAGCAGAAGAGCCGAGCCUUCUAUCGCAUCCAAGCCACUCGUAUGAUGAUCGGAGCUGGGAACAUCUUGAAGAAGCACGCCGCAGAUCAAGCCAGGAAGGUGGUGAGCUGCCACGAGGCCAGUGGACAAGAGGAGGAUCCCAACACCAUCUACCUGCAGUUUGAACCCUCUCACUACCAGUGUUUUGAGAACUGCGGGUCACUUAAGAUUUCAGUGACCCGGCAUGGGGGAGAGAGUGGCUGCACUGUGAAGGUGGACUACAGGACAGAGGAUGCAACUGCCAAUGCUGGCUCAGAUUAUGAGUUUGCUGAAGGCACCCUGGUUUUCAAACCUGGUGAGACCACAAAAGAGUUCACAGUUGGAGUAAUUGAUGACGACAUAUUCGAGGAGGACGAGCACUUCUACGUACGCCUCAGCAAUCCACGUAUCGUUCACCGAGCUGAGGUUGCUGUCCUAGAGCCGAGUUCCAUCACUUCCAGCAACAGCACAGUAGGCCUCUCCGCCCAUAUUCCUCCAAAGGCAGCCCUGGGUACCGCUCACACUGCCACAGUUACAAUCUACGAUGAUGACCAUGCUGGCAUCUUCACAUUUGAGAACAACUCCUCAAGGGUCAGCGAGAGUGUCGGCAACAUGCAGGUGAAGGUUCACAGGACGUCCGGGGCAAGAGGGAAGGUGGCGGUGCCCUACCACACUGUCGAGGGCACCGCCAAGGCAGGCGAGGACUACGAGGAGGUGUCCGGGAAGCUGGAGUUUCAGAACGAUGAGACAAUGAAGCUGCUGAAUGUGAAAAUCAUCGAUGACGAAGAGUACGAGAAGAACAAAACUUUCACGAUCGUGUUGGAGGAGCCCAUCUUGCUGGAGGUCGGACAGAGACAUGGAGACACCAAUGAUAACAAGACAGCAUCGGGACCGGAGGACGUGUCAAAGAUGGGCUGCCCCUGUCUGGGAGAGCACACAAAGCUGGAGGUGGUUAUUGAGGAGUCCUACGAGUUCAAGAGCACAGUGGACAAGCUGAUUAAGAAGACAAACCUGGCUCUGGUGGUGGGGAGCAGCAGCUGGAGAGAGCAGUUUGUUAGUGCUGUCACUGUCAGCGCAGGUGACGAUGAUGAAGAAGAGAGCGGUGAGGAGCGCUUGCCAUCCUGCUUUGAUUACAUCAUGCACUUCCUGACAGUUUUCUGGAAAGUCCUCUUUGCUUUUGUCCCACCUACUGAGUACUGGAACGGCUGGGCCUGCUUCUUCGUGUCCAUUUCCCUCAUUGGUGCCCUGACAGCUGUGACCGGGGACUUGGCCUCCCAUUUCGGCUGCACCAUCGGCCUCAAAGACUCGGUCACGGCUGUGGUGUUUGUGGCACUCGGCACCUCAGUUCCAGAUACGUUUGCUAGUAAAGUUGCUGCAAUCCAGGACCAGUAUGCUGACGCUUCCAUCGGCAAUGUGACGGGCAGCAAUGCAGUGAACGUUUUCCUGGGCAUUGGCGUGGCGUGGACCAUCGCUGCUGUUUACUGGCAUACCCAAGGGAAGGUGUUCAAGGUGGACCCCGGCUCCCUGGCUUUUUCUGUCACCCUCUUCACCAUCAUGGCGAUGGUUUGUGUGCUGGUGCUGCUUUACCGCCGGCGUCCCGGUGUGUCAGGCGGGGAGCUGGGAGGCCCACGGACACCCAAGCUCGUCACUCUCUUUCUGUUCCUCUCCCUCUGGUUCAUCUACAUCCUGCUGUCCUCGCUGGAGGCGUACUGCCACGUGCCUGGCUUCUGAGACUGAGGGGAAACACACACAGACCAGCUCUUUUCCUUGUUUUUACAAUCUUCUGACGUGUUUUCUCUCAGUUUUUUGUCUAUUUUCACAAAGGUUUAUAUCGAUUUGUAUCAUUCGUUAUUAUUGAUACUGCACAAUAUCUGAUUGACUUUGAAUCUUUGGACUUUUGCUACCACCCAGUCUGCUGUGAAGUACAGCUUUAGCCACUGAAAUAAACCCUUCCUUUUUUGAAACA